UCAUCCGAGACGCAGAGCAGCGGCUGCAGGAGCACCCGUGGCGCUCCGAUCCGCGCCGUGCCGCUCCGAUCCGCGCCGUGCCGCUCCGAUCCGCGCCGCUCCGAUCCGCGCCGUGCCGCCGAGCCCGGGGCAGCGCUGCGCGGGGGGCAUCGGCCGCUGGCAGCUCUCGGAAGCCGGGUCCCUGCGGGGGUUUUGCUCGUUACCAGCAGGAUUUCCCUCAUCAAAGGCAAUGGAUUACAGAAAGUUGCCUGUGAAAGACUGGGACGAGGACCACGUCCAGUGCUGGCUGGGAACUAUUGGAAUCAAGAAAGAGUAUGUAAAAAAACUGCAUGCAGCAGAAGUGACAGGUCCACUACUAAUGGACCUGGACGAGUCUUUCUUCAAAAAAGUAGGCAUGAAGGAAGCCCAAGUCCACAUGUUAAUCCGCAAGAGAGACGAGCUCCUGCGGCCCCAGGAAGCUGCUCCGCGUGCCCCCAGCUCCAGCAGCACUGCGGCACGGACAGACCCAGCAACGCCCACGGGCACUCCCAGGCAAAAGCCUUCAAGCACAGAGAGCUGUGCUCCAGCAGAUAAAGCCAGCACAGAUAACAGGGCUUCUGCUUCUGGCAAGAGGCAAAGAAGGAAACACUCCCAGCUGGCCAGUGCUGAUGAAGCGAUCGAGCCCUGCAACUGUCGACCCUUUAGAAGUCAGAAUGCUGAUUUCAAAUACGUGAGAGACAGAGUUCUUGCUCCAGAAUCAGGGGUCGACGGUUUAAUCACUCCUUGCCAUGAAUACAAAUCUUUUGCCACUGCUGCAGAACUGAACAGAGACCAGCUGCAGUCCAAGUUUGCCUGUGAAGUGAUCCGAUUCGCUUCGGCCUGCAUGAACAUCCGCACCAACGGCACCAUCCACUUCGGCGUCAUGGACAGCGUUGAGGACAGCGGCUGGCAGCACGGGCAGAUCCGUGGCAUAAAGGUCACACAACCAGACUACUACGUUGAUGCCUUAGAUUACAUAGACAAGUGUUUUCGCAGAGAUGUACGAGAAACUGCAAGGAAAUGCAUUCACCCUCCUGUGUUUGUCGAGGUGAUUUCGAAAGACUCUCAGGAGCAAAGAUUUGUGGUGGAGGUUGACAUUGAACCCACAUCCACUUUAGUAAAGAACAAACUAUUCGAAGUGUAUUUGCCAAAGUACAAAGAAGACAGCAAGGCGAUCCUGACAAAAGAGAUCACUCUCUAUCAGAGGCUAGGAGCCAAGUCUGAGCCUGUGGAGAAGAAUGACCAGAUUAGCUUCAUUCAGGGUUUACCAGACAGAGAUGCUCAAAGAGAAAAAGCAGAGCUCUCCAGCAUGGAAGCACACACAGAAAUACCACAAAAUCUAGGAAGAAAGCUCUCCAUUCUCCUGAACGAUGGCAAAAGCUACAUGGAUGAUUCCCUCUGGUACAUCCUUGUCACAAACAGAUGUGAAAAGGAUAAUCUGAACCACAUCAGCUUUCUAACGCAACUCAACAUCUUCUGCGUCUUUGACUUUGACGCAGACUCCAACGUGUCAGGGCUGUACCAGAAGUACAAGGAACAUCACACAACGAGGUGUUACCUUUUACAGGAAUUUUCCAAUGAAAGUAAGAGUAGCAACCCCCCCUUUCAGAAGCACCUGUGCCUGUUUGAUCAGACCAGCUGGAUAUUCUGCAACGGGCGCAGCGACUACCUCGGGGAUGAAAAACCCUGCGACGAGAACACGUGGAUUAGAACAAAAAAAAAAUACCUGAAGAAGGCGAUUACUCGUAUCUGUGAUGAAAUCCUGCCCAAGGGCUCUUUCAUUGUGCUCUUCCUAUUGCUGUCACCGGCUGAGAAAUCCCUCGUGGACACCUUUCAGGAGUUCUACACCGAGAUGAGCGGCGCCGAGUACAUCAUUUGCAUUGCCGAGUCCAGAGAGAACUACGAGAAGUGGGCUGGGCUGGCCCAGGCAUCCUGCAGCAUCGAGACGCUGGAGCAACGCAGCAUCGUGGGUAUGAAACUAAGUCACGUGGAUGCCACCAUCCAAAAGCUGCUGCCUUCCACAGCACAGCCCAGACACCUGCCCACUUUCACCAGAGGCCUUUGUACACUUCCCAUGCUGGAAGAGGAGAAACUCUUUUCCCUAGAAAUCCUGUGCGUUGACGAAUGUGACAACAUCAAGAUCGACCUUUUGACUGAAAAAGAAAUACAAGAGAUAGAACAGAAGUUUUACCGGGGGAGAAAAAUCAUCUGGGAAAACUUCUGGCUCGCUGACAAGGGCUGCUGUGGGGAAAUCAUCGAACGGGAAGCGUGUAAGGACGCUAACAAACUCCUAGACGACAUUUUACGGGGAAGCAAACUCAACUGUUCUGUGGCUAAACUAAAGAUAUUUCACCAUCCUGGAAGUGGUGGAAGCACAAUUGCCAGGCAAGUUCUGUGGAAGAGAAGAAAGGACUUAAGAUGUGCCGUUAUCAAAUCCUCACAUCCCCCUGCAACUGUCUGCAUGCACGCACUUGCAUUUAGAGAGUAUGAAGAAAAAGACGUCGGUAAUUGUCUUCCUGUGCUGCUCUUGAUUGAAGAUUAUGAUGAGGACUAUUUAGAAGAACUAAGGAAUGAGUUAAUGGAUGCUGUAACAACCAGGAAAAUCGUUUGCCCCAGACCUUACUUCAUCCUGUUGUGCUGCAGACGCUCCAAUGACCCUGAAAGGCUUUGCAAGGCUUAUCCCCUGGACACAGUGGCUGUCACCCACAAGCUGACAGACUCAGAGAAAACCCUGUUCAAAAUGAAACUCGAGAAACUGAAGCAGAAAAACGUGAAUCCACAAUUCAUACUCACCUUUGUGCUCAUGUGCGAAGAGUUCAACGAAACAUACGUGAGAGACUGUGUAGAGCACAUCCUGCAAGACAUAGACCACUCUUCUCCUGACACCUGUUUGAUGCGUUACGUGGCUUUGCUUAAUUUUUACGUACCCAACUCGUACGUUUCGUUGUCACACUGUGAGGCUUUUCUGGGACUGGGGGCGUAUACAGAAAGGAAAACACGAGCAUAUGAUUUCAAAAGUCACUUGAGUGAACAAGCAAGAAUGAUUUUUAUCGAGCUAAGGGAAAGCACCACCUACAUCUCAUCCAUUCAGAUAAUACACUGUCUGGUUGCGAAAGAAAUCCUGCAUCAGCUUGCAGGGAAUGAACCUCAAAGUCAACUUGCAAUGGCACUGCUUCAGGAAAAGACGCUGUUUGACAACAGGUUUGGAAGAGAUGAAUUCAUAAAGUUCAUCAGGGACCUGUUUAUUCGACGCGACAAAAGAAGCAGGGGUGACAACACUGAUACACUCUUCUCCCCGUUCAUUGAACACGUCUGUGAGGCUGAAGACUGUGACAAAGCUAUAGCUGUUUUAAAAGCUGCAUAUGAACAACUUGGAAAAGAUGCUUUCUUUGCCCAGCAGCUUGCCAGGCUGCACUACAACAACGAAAAAUUCACGGAAGCAGAAUAUUGGGCAGGGGUUGCAAAGUUUCACCUGCCCCACGAUUCUUACAUUUUAGACACAGAAGGUCAAGUCUACAGGAAAUGGUUUAGUUUCAUUUUGGACAAAACGACACAGGAUGAUGCUCUUGAAAGCAUGGUUCCAAAGAUAGAGAUUGCUCUUAAAGCUAUGAAAUGCUUCAGGGGUGCCCAACAGGCUGCGAAAGCAGAGCGUGACAGUAUGAACAACGCUGGCUAUUUUGGAGAAGUGGAAGUAGGGUGUCGUCUCCUUAAAUAUCUGUCCACCAUCCCUGUAUUUCGCAGGAAUCCCGAGGGGGAACAUUCUGAGCUUGUCAAAUACCUAAUCACAGACUACAUUCCUGAAGAUGUUGAGAAACCAUGGGGAAAGCUUCACUCUCGCCUAAAAGGCCUACGCCAGAACCUGUACAACGCUCUGGAGUGGAUUUCAGAAGACCUCAGUUAUUUCCAAACAGACAAAAACCACGAGAACGAAGAAGAUGAAAAAGAUGAAAAGGAAGAACAAAUUUAUAACCCCAGAAAAUGGCUGAAGAGACAGUCUGAGGUAUAUGCCAAAUUCUUUAUCUCAGCAUCAGUUCUUGAGGAUGGCAACAGUGGCCCUCAGAGUCAGCUCAUCAGACGCAUGAAUAUCUACAGGAGCGGCGGGGGCAGCAUCACCAACAUCCUGUCGUUCUUAACGGAUAAGAACGAGAACAGGGCAGCUGAAAAGCUAGAGAAGAUCCUUACCUUCUACACAGACAACCCCCAUAGGGACUGGCUGGAGGACAAUGACCUCAUCAACUACAUUUUGUGCCACAUCACAUUACAGUGCUUGAAACCAGGAUCGGCCAAACUGCUUCCACUGCAAACUCUGCGUGACCUCAGCGCAAGAUUCCUUAAACCAAGAAGAGCAUUUCCAGCAAGUGCCCAUUUUUUGCUCACCUUGCUGUACUGGCCAGAUGAGGCACUAGACAAAGAGCCCAAUACAGAUAAAGAUGACAUUCUACACUCAGCCCUUCAAACCUUGAAACGUUUAUACGACAUCAAGGUGAAGGAUGUUCCUACAAGGAAGAAAAGAAUCUACACCCAUUUUUUUCUGGGAAAGGGUUAUGAUUUAGGCAAGAUUGUGCACAAAACUAAGAUUGAUAAAUUAAUCAGUGGGUCCUUACACGAGAAGAGAAUGAAGUGGCUGCAUGGAACUGUAUGGAAUAAUUACAAGAUUCAUGACAUUCUCAAGAGAGUUUCUGGCUGGACCAAGGACAGAAACUUGUUUAUCCGUGGGCACGUGAAGGAGUUUCCCAUCUUGCCACUCCAUCGUGACUCGGUGCCCUCUGGAAAUGAAAAUGUCACCUUUUAUUUAGGCUUUUCAUUUAAUGGUCUGGUUGCUUUCAAUAUUGAGGUUCAGAAUAAUUAAUACAGUAAUGGCCAAAUACCUAAAGGAAUCUGAAACCUACUAGUAAAACAUACCUUUGAACAGAAGCCUUUGACACUUUUGGAGACUUCAAACUUAAGACAGCAAUAAUUGCAUUUCUUGCUUGGGAACUGGGACCAGGGAGACAAGAGGACCCACUGUUUUUCUCCUCAGCCCCAAAUAUUUGGGGAACUGAACUCUGGAAUCAAAAGGUACAGCAGGGAUCCCCUUCUUACCAGCUCACAGACUAGGAUUUAGGAUCAAUUUCUGGGUGGUCCUGAUCACUAACAGAAUUUGUCCACUGCAAGUGUAUUUUUUCGUCUCCCUAAAUAGGUAUCAAAAGGUGUAGGUGAACGUACACGUAAAAGAUGAUUUGUAAAUGCUGUGGUUGCAGUCCAAACCAGUCCCAAACCUGCUGAAGAGUUUUUUACAGCAUUAUCCAAUCACUGUCCACCCUGUAUGACUCAAAUUUGACUACUGUAUAUAUCCAUGCUUGAAAACAUUGCCUAGCUUGACUAAUUAAGAAAUACAAAUGAGUUUGUGGUCAGGGCUGUGUCUGCAAGCAUCAUGUCAUAUGAAGCUUCUAAUAAAGCUGCCUGAUUUUGGA